AUGGCCAGGAUUGUGACUCUUUUUGCAGGUACAGUUAUUCACGUUACUUUCUGUUUUUUACUUUGUAGUAUAAUGUUUUCUUAUUUCUGCACUAUUACAAAUAAUGUGUUGUAUGUCAGAUAAUAAAUGGGGUGUUGGGUGUAAAUAUUGGAUGUAAUAUUAAUUUAUGUUGGUAUUUCAGUGAUGUUAAUCUUACAACUGCUGGUUACCGGCACCACAAGUCUUCGUGGAGGUCUGAUUCGAGGGCGACGAGAUGCAGAAUCAGAAGAGUUGGAUAUGAGAAGACUCAGUCCUUCUCAAGUCUACAGUUACUUCUCUCCAGAUGGUCGCUUAUUCUUUGUACCGAAUCGACAAAACUUAAUGCAUCAGCUUGAUUAA